UGAAAAAAAUAUGUAUAUAUAUUAGUUGUAUCUUCUUCAUUUUCAGCUGUAUCAUCUUAAUGGUCUGCUGGCUCAUUCUAUUUGUUGGGUUCAUCUUAAAUUACUAGAGUUGAUCAAUGAGGAAACUUUAGGGGCUUUUUGAUAUGAGAGGCCUUAAUUUUUUUUAUUUUUUUUAAUUUUUGAAAGAAAUAAUGUAUUCUUGCUGUAAAGAUGAUAUGUUUUGAUUGGUUCUUAUAAUUUUUUUCCAAGAACUUUUUUUUUUCUCGCGUUGGGCAAAAUUUUGCUGAAUUGUGCUGUCCUUGGUGUUUAUUUAUUGGUUUUCAUUGUGAACUUGAGCCUGCUGAAAAUCUCUUUUGUGUCUCUGUGUUUGGUGGAUUUGAUUCUGCAGAUUAUUCAUUUAUUUUGGUAAUCUGGCAUUUGUUUCUGAAGUACUACACAGGAAGAAACUCUCUCUCCCUCUCUCUCUCUCUCUCUCUCGCUUAGAAUUAGCACCUAGAAACUUGAUGAUGGGUGCAAAAGCAUUAUUGAUGUACAACCAGACAAAGAACAAUGAGAAACAAUUCUCAAAUUUUUAUUAAUUCUCAAAAUUUGAUUGUCAGUAGUAAUAUGUAGUUACAGUGGAAUUAUUAAUAUACUAUUUACUAUUUGGUUAUGUAAAUAAUGAUAUGUAUCUAUGCAUUAUUUCCUAAUUACUGUAUACUAUUUUAGUUUGGGAUUGCAAUCUCAAAAAGGAUUUGUAAUUAGUUAUUAAGUCCACCAAUACCAUUUUUUUUUCAUUAUGGAAUUUUAAUUAUUUGAUUUGGAAAGCUCUAACUUGGUUUUCUUUUCCCUAUUCUCUCUUCUUCCUCUUUUCCAUCCUCUGCUAAAGUACACCUCAUAGCUCUCAAGACCUUAAUUUCAAUUCUUCUGUAAAUUCUUGUUUCUCAUUUUUAAGUACUUUUUUUAUUAUUAUCAUUUUUUUUUCAUCAAUGGAUAUAAUAGUAAUCCUUACCUUGAAUUUCUUUGUUUAUAAUACUAAAGUUAUUUUUUUUCUUAAUGCUAGAUUUAGCAGAAUGGCCUCUAACAAGAAGAGAAACAUUGAUAGUUGCAGUGUGCAUGACAUUAAUCCGGUGGAUGAGAGAAGAUGGGAGGAAUUCGACAUUAAUAUCCUUAGAGAAAUAUUUUCUAUAUUACCCAACUGUGACCUGUUUUGCAAUGUCUCCUCUGUAUGCCAGUCAUGGAUGUUGGUCUGUUGGGAUAUCUUGUUUUGGAGACAUAAUAUGCUUGAUUUGACUCCUGUCUUGGAAGCUUCUGCAAAUUUUAAUUUCAGAUUUCAAAAAUCAAUGAGUAAGCUGCUAAGUACUGUAAUGGAGGGUCAUGAUGCUAAUGGCUUUUCUCUAGAGCGAUGGAGAUUAUCUGUCAAGACUGUUGUGAUCCCCAAAGGUCUUGAUAUUACUGAUGAACACCUUCUGUACAUAGCCAAAAGAACUCCUAACCUUGAAGAUCUUGUACUAGAGGGCACUUAUAAGAUAACAGAAAAAGGCUUUGCUGACGCAAUAUGUAAUUGGAAAAAAGUUCAGCAUAUAGUUCUUCCACUACAAACGCAGGAAUCUUGUUUUGCUCAGAUCAUACAAGCGAUUAGUGAAAACUGCUCUGAACUUGAGACUCUAUACGUAAUCAACCCUCUUGAAAUGAUGAGAUUUAUAACAGCUGAUAUAGCUGAGACUUUAUGCAGAAUGAAAACCUUAGUAACCCUAGUUUUUGAAGGUGCUUGCUUGUACAGGGAGGCCAUUAAUAUGAUCUUUGAUGAGUGCCUUAAGCUGGAAACACUUCAUAUACGGGACUGUUGCUUAAUGGCGGAUGGCCUUGAAUUGGCAGGUUUUAUGACUGCCAAUAUAAGGCUUGGUGAAAUGGAAAUUGGCAGUGGGCGCUUAUGGAGAAUUGAAGGAAUUGAAACAAGAGGGAAACCUGAUCAAGUUUCGUAUGUGCAGAAGAAAUUUAUGCAAUGGAGGAAUGAAUCACCAGGUUUAUAUUUUGAUAUUGAGUUGAAUGAUGAAAACGCUUUAAUGGAUGAUGAUAAUUUUAUUGUUUUGUAAGUUAAAGAGUAGAUUUAACCAAAGUAAAUUAUCUUAUGAUUAUUUGUAUUUAUUGACUAAUGGAGAUUAGAGAAUUCAUGCAA